UAAUACAAUGAAUAAUUGAAAAGAAAAGUGAAUAUAAUAUUGAAAAUACAAAUAUUGUGUUGUAUUUAAGUUGUAGAAAAAUAAAAUUUUAUAAGUUGGUGUUAAAAGUUCAAAUUUUCAACUUAAAGUGAAGACAUUAUUUUAUUCAAUUAAAAUAACGAUCUGUUUUAUUUGUUUGUAUAAGAUAAAACUUAAGAUGGCGAAAAACUAUCUUGCUCUUGUUAUGUUUUUGUCUUCGACUUUUUUUCUUGUUUUGGAUGUAAACGGGGAUGAAGUUUUCAGCGAUGUUGUCAAUAAGACAAGCACAGGAAUUUCAAAAAAAUCAAAACGUGCAAUCGGAAUGGAUAAUGAAGAAACCCGAGAAUCAAAUGAACUGACUUCAAGAGAUGAUUUAGGGUCAUUUGCAAAACGUGCUCCGUCUGGCUUCACCGGAAUGCGGGGCAAAAAAUAUUACGAAUACAGUGACCCUAGUCCCAACGCCCUGGAUUGGAGUUUUGAUGACGACUUUAGUGUAAAUGACAUUCGUAACAAAAAAGCACCCUCGGGAUUCAAUGGAGUUCGAGGCAAAAAGAUGGAUCAAUUGGAAUAUGAGAAAAGCUUAUUGGAUCAACUAUUUCGCCGACUCUAUCAGGAAAAUAAUGAUUUUAACGACUUGAGUGUCUAUCGAUCAGACACACCUCUCUAUUCACAUGGUUAUUCAGAAAAUGAUGGAUGGGCAGAAAAUGCAUUGGAUAAACGUGCUCCUUCUGGAUUCACGGGAAUGAGGGGGAAGCGUCCUUUGGAUUUUCCUUUUGAUGGUGGAAAACGUGCUCCCAAUGCAUUCUUUGGCGUUCGCGGCAAAAGAGACUACAAACGAUCAACUGCAGAACAGUUUAAAUUCAAACAUUUCACCAUGCGUGGCAAAAAGCAACCGGAAUUUUUAGGUUUUCGCAAUAAAUUCGUUGGAGUACGUGGAAAGAAAGACUCGAAUGCAGCAAAACUACAAAGGCUUGAAUCACAAAUGCUUGGAUUACCUCUGAAUAGCUACCGUUCUGUAUCAAGGUUUUUGAUUGAUUCUCCAGAACCCAUGUCCUUUAAACGGGCUCCCUCUGGUUUCGUGGGAAUGCGUGGAAAGAGAGAAGUUAGCAGAGACGACCUGGAUACAAACUUGUAAGAUUUUACUGAUCACCAAUGAAAACAAUCUUUAUUUCAUUAUUAAAAAUAAUCUUUCGAAAAUAUUAUGUUUCUAAAUAAUUAUAAUUAAUUAAAAAUUGUAUAAUCCAUGGCUGGAGGAUUAUAUGAUUUUUAAUUAUGUUUUUUUUUUCAUAUUAGCAAAAUAUAUUCUAAUAAUUACUAUUUAUGUAUAUGAACUAUAUUUAUAUAACACCAAAUUCUGUCACAAAAGUACAAUUAUUAAAAUUUUAAAUGUAUUAAGUUUGUAAAAAAAAAGACAUACACAUAACAACUGUACCUAUUUAUAAUAAGACACAUCUGUAAAAUAUAUAUAAAUAUAAACAUAUUUAAAUAACUGAUUUUAUUAUUAAUAAACAAAAAAACAUGUAUACUUCACCAUAAAUUUAU